UCGUACAACGCUCGCGCCGCUAUUAUAUUCCGGCGGCGGCGUUGACCUCCCCUCCCGGCGUUGACCACCGCCGCCGCCGCCCGCAUUCGCAUCCCCGCCCGGCGGCUCUGCCCUGUCGGAAAUGGAGCUCAGCCUCGCCUCCUCCCGCGGCGCGCUGCUAGCCCCCGCCGCCUCCGCCGGCAAGCGGCCACUGUCCUCGCUCUCGCUCUCGCCGCAUCCGUCGCUUCAGAUCCAGAAUCACAUCUAUUCGAUGCCAAGUCUUCAAUACAAGGCUCAUAGCAAAGUAGGAUGUCAAGCUUCUCUGGCAACUAAAUACAUGGAAACGUCUGAGAUAGUUGAUUUGGACUGGGAGAACCUUGGUUUCGGCCUUGUCCAUACUGACUUUAUGUAUGUUGCAAAAUGUGGGCCAGAUGGAAACUUUUCCAAAGGUGAAAUGCUACCAUUUGGACCCAUAGCACUAAGCCCAUCUGCUGGAGUCUUGAAUUAUGGACAGGGAUUGUUUGAGGGCCUAAAAGCAUAUAGGAAAACUGACGGGUCUGUCCUAUUAUUUCGUCCGGAGGAGAAUGCCAUAAGGAUGAGAGAUGGUUCUGAUAGGAUGUGCAUGCCUGCACCAACUGUUGAACAAUUCGUGGACGCAGUAAAACAAACCGUUUUGGCAAAUAAAAGAUGGGUGCCUCCUACUGGUAAAGGUUCCCUGUAUAUCAGGCCACUACUUAUUGGAAGCGGGGAAAUUCUCGGCCUUGCACCUGCUCCUGAGUACACCUUUAUUAUCUAUGUCUCCCCUGUUGGGAAUUAUUUCAAGGAAGGUUUAGCUCCUAUUAAUUUGGUUGUUGAAGAUAACUUUCACCGUGCUGCCCCUGGUGGAACUGGAGGCGUGAAAACUAUUGGAAACUAUGCCUCGGUGUUGAAAGCGCAGAAAAUUGCAAAGCAGAAAGGAUACUCUGAUGUUCUCUAUUUGGAUGCCGUUCACAACAAAUACCUGGAAGAAGUUUCUUCAUGCAAUAUCUUUGUUGUGAAAGGAAAUACUAUUUCUACUCCAGCAAUAGAAGGAACAAUACUUCCUGGUAUAACAAGGAAAAGUAUUAUCGAAGUUGCUCAGAGCAAAGGCUUCAAGGUGGAGGAACGCCCUGUAUCCGUAGAUGAACUGCUUGAUGCUGAUGAAGUUUUCUGCACGGGAACAGCUGUUGUGGUUUCACCUGUGGGAAGCAUUACCUAUAUGGGGAAAAGGGUGGAAUACAAGGGCAACCAAGGAGUCGGUGCCCUGUCACAGCAGCUAUAUACCUCACUGACGAGCCUCCAGAUGGGUCUCGCAGAGGAUCGGAUGGGCUGGACCGUCCAACUGAACUGAAUUAGUAUUGCAUCAUCGCCAAUCUUCACUCGACAGAUCUCCAGGAAAAUUGUGUAAUUCUUUUGUUUACCGUCAUGAAAAAUGGACAAUGUGACUGCUCAGCUACUAAUAGAGUUGCUGAACCCAAGAGUACUGUGUUGUUAUCCUGUCUUUUUUUUUCGGAAUAAUGAAGGUUACAGGGCUGUAAUAUGACCAAUGUAUGAUAGAACACAUUUUUUGGGGUGAUCUAGCCUGAUAAUGUAUUUUCUAUCGCUCAUGAUGGUGACAA